UUGUAUGUUGUAAAUAUCGAUUGUAUCGCGCGAUAUAUUCGUUCACAUCAUCUUCAUUCAAACAUAAUUUCAAUUUUUUUUUCUGUCUGUUAUUUUUUUCUCUUUCGAUACUAACCACAUCAUCAUCAUAGCAUCAUAGCAUAUAUAUAUAACAGCAACCCAGCAUUCCUCAUUUGAAUUCAGCAUUUAACAAAAAAUUGAAAUCUAAAUUGUAUUUAGUCAGUGUUGAAAUUAUUUCUGAAAUUAAAAAAAUUUUCAAUAAAUUUUUUUUGUCUUUUUGUGCUUCCAUCCGAUUGUUUUCUUUUCGCUGCAUAAUACCAUACAAAAAGUACGGCAAACGAAAAAAAAAACACUGACAAUGUGGCCAUCACGAUUUUUAACACGUGAAUUUCAUCUUAUCGAUUCAUCGGAUCAAAUUCAACGUGAAUAUUCAUUGGCAGAAUUGCGUGAAAAAAGUCCUGGUUAUUCAAUCAAUUGUUUUAUUUGUUCGCGAUCGAUUGUAAUGGACAAAAUUACCCAUCAUUUGAUGGAUCAUUUGGAUCAAAAAUAUCAAAUUGAAAAGAAACGAUAUCAAUGUUGUCAUUGUUUGCAAAUUUUUCUCAAUCGUUAUCAGCUCGAAUUACAUCAACAAUCGAUUCGAAUGAAAAUGUUGUCGGAUAAAGAUCUGUAUCCAAACAACAUGGAUAAAUGUCUACGGGAAUUUGAUUCGAAUCUAACAUUGCGACGAAAUUCAAAAUUGAAUCAGGAACAAUUACAAUUGCCGUAUCGUUGUACGAAAUGUCAAUUUCGUUCCACCACUCAUCGACAAUUGAUUGAGCAUUUUGAUUUGAUUCAUCAACUUAUUGUUUGUCAAUUCUGUUUGCACCAGUUUGAUCUUUAUCGAUGGGCUAACAUCAAAUUUCCGAAUCCUGAACAAAUUGAAAAUGAAAUGGAAAAUGUUUUGAAACAUUUUAAAAAACAUUUAAAUGUUGAUCAAGAUUUGGUUAGCUGCGCCAAAUGUAAGCAAACAUUUUUGCAUCAAAAUCAACUUGAUUAUCAUUUGCAAGCGGAUCAUAAUCCGUAUGAAUUCAAAGUAAAAGACUUGGACAAUAUUCGAUUCUUUCGCCAAGAUCAAAUGACCGAAGCCGAUAUUGAUGAUGCAUUGGAUGUUAUUCGUGAAAAUUAUCUCGAAAAUUCUUGCCUGUUUUAUGGUGAAAAUCAUGGAACAAUCUGUUUGGAAACUGUUCAAAAUUGUUCAAUCAUUUAACAGAACAGUAAAAUAUCAAGCAAAAAACAACGAAAUAUUUUUAUUGACAAAAUUGUUCUUUUUUUCGCGACAAAAAAAAAAGUUUUCAAUC